AUGCCUACCUUCAGGGACAAGGCAGAUUUCUGCAAGCAAGCCAACGUCAAAGCUGAGGUGGAUGAAGAGUUGGUUAAAUUUGCCGUGGAGAAUUUGAACCACCUUCCAUUCACCAGGGACAACAAGGAUGCGUUUGAAAACUAUUCCAGAAUGAUUUCAGGGAUGCUCUACAAUGCCAUGCAAAAGGAGUUGGAAGAGUCGAGAAUGUCCGUUAGAGACGAGAUACUCGACUAUGGGAAAUUUAGAUGCAGAGAUUACAAGUCCACGAGUGAAUACUGCGAUGCCAAACGUGCCUUUCUCGAGAGAUUCAUUGGACACGUAGGAGAAAACACUUUUAUGGAGUACCCAGUCUACUUUGACUAUGGGUUCAACACGUUUUUGGGCAAGAACUUCUACAGCAACUACAACUUGACAAUCUUGGACUGCUCCAUCGUGCGGAUCGGCGACAAUGUCAUGUGUGGAACUGGAGUCUCGCUCUUGACUCCCUCACACCCAAUUGACCCGACUUUGAAGCAUGCCUACUUGGAAAACGCUUCUGCCAUCACAAUCGGCGACAAUUGCUGGCUAGGCUCCAACUGCUCUGUUCUUGCUGGCGUGACUGUCGGCGAGGGAUGUGUCUUGGCUGCAGGAUGCGUCGUGAACAAGGACGUGCCUCCCAAUUCGCUAGUUGUGGGUGUACCUGGUCGAGUCGUGAAAACUAUGGAGCCAAGAGACCCCGACUUUGAUGUCCACAAAGUGUUGAAAGAGUACGGAAUGGACUACAUACCGUGA